CAUGUGCAGUGUCAUCUGAUCAAAAUGUAAUAGGCCUACGUAUUACCGAUAUACGCUGGUUAUGGUUGAUAACGCAUUCAGUUGUAAACAUGAGAUACAUCUGACAGAAAACUGACAGUGGUCUCCGCACAUUCAGAAAAUAAAAUGGGGACAGCGGCGGAGAAGAAGCCAUUGCUUACUGCAAGCACAAGCAUUGUACAGGGAGACGAACUUCAUACUCCUCCCUCGGGAGAGCAGUUUGGAAAGCGACACCUGUUGGCUGUUCUGGCAUUUCUUGGGUUCUUCAAUGUGUACUGUCUCCGUGUCAACCUCAGUGUAGCUCUGGUUGCUAUGGUAAAUAAUACAAAGAAGGUUAGCAACCACAGCAUGGAAGCUUGUCCCUCUAUCCAUGGAUCUGACAAUACAACAACAAAGCAGGGAGACUUGAACUGGGAUGAAAGCACACAGGGAAUCGUCUUAGGAUCAUUUUUUUAUGGCUAUAUUGUGACCCAGCUCCCUGGGGGCUGGCUGGCAGAAGUGUUUGGGGCCAAGAAGUUAUUUGGUUUUGGUGUUUUGUGUACAGCUGCCCUUACUCUGCUUACUCCUGUUGUUGUGAACGAGCUGGGACUGGGAGCAUUCAUUGCUUUGAGGGUUAUAGAGGGCCUAGGAGAGGGAGUCACGUUUCCAGCCAUGAGUGCUAUGUGGGGUAAAUGGGCACCUCUCUGGGAAAGGAGUAAACUAGCUGGAUUUACAUAUGCAGGGGCACAGCUGGGGACUGUCGUGUCCAUGCCUAUAUCUGGUAUACUGUGUGACUCGGAUUUCCUAGGAGGAUGGCCUUCAGUCUUUUACAUAUUCGGUGUCCUUGGGUGCUUGUGGUUUGCAGUAUGGAUGUUUGUUGUACAUGAUACGCCAGGCAAACAUCCAACAAUAUCAUCAGAGGAACGAUCCUAUAUAGAGACAUCUAUAGGUCUUAAACAGAGAUUGCGGACGCCAUGGAAGGACAUACUUACGUCAAAGGCAGUGUGGGGAAUUUGUGCUGGUCAUUUCGCCAACAACUGGGGAUUCUAUACUAUGUUGACGAGUCUUCCCACAUAUAUGAAACAGAUUCUCAACUUUGAUAUUUCAGAGAAUGGUUUCAUAUCAGCUCUUCCCUACGUUGUUUGUUGUAUAUGCCAGACAAGCUCAGGACAUAUUGCUGAUUUUAUACGUAAAAAUGGCUACCUCUCUACAAAAAAUACUCGCAAGAUGUUCAUGACAUUAGGUUUAAUGCUUCCGGCUAUCCUCAUGUUCUGUAUCGGCUAUGCUGGUUGUAACCAUAUAGUUGUGGUGAUCUUGCUUACCUUUGCUGUAGGACUUGGCGGUAUAUGUAUGGGGGGAUUCAACGUUAACCAUCUAGAUAUUGCACCCAAUUUUUCAGGGACACUGAUGGGGAUAAGUAACUGUUUAGCCACUAUUCCUGGAUUUCUAGGACCAUACAUCGUAGGUCAACUUACCAACAAUAAUCAAACACGAGCACAGUGGCAGAUAGUGUUUUAUAUCUGCUCUGCUGUGUAUCUGGCAGGAACAAUACUCUACCUUCUCUUAGCCGAGGGCUCCGAGCAACCUUGGAAUCAACAAGGGGGAGAAAUUCUGACCUUCACUGGUCACUCCUCUGGUCAACCUCCCAAAGCCCAGUCCAUUGGUGGAGAUGACCAGCCAUCCAAUCUACCAUAUAACCAUUUAAAUGAAGAAAAGUAACAUUAUAUGUCUUAAAAAUGUUGACAAAUGAUUAUCAUUAUAAUAUCAUUUAUAAAAUAUAUUAUGUUUAUGGAGUUGUAUUUUCUCAAGAGGUCAUGAUUGUUUUAGGAUGUUUAAUAUGAGAGUGAAAGGGAAGAAAGGUUAGAAGGGAUGCAAAGACUUGCUGUCCAUGUAAUUGUUUUUGCGUCAAGGAGUAACAGGGUAAUUCUCCUUCAGUUUUCUAUGAAUCGGGUAUGAGAGUGAUCGAGGUGAAAAAUCAUGGAAAUUUUACAAAUCAAGUUGUAUUCACUUUUUAAAUUAAGUUCUUUUCUUAUCUGAACUAAUUGAAGUAAAAUUAUGUUUAAACAAUAAUCAUGUAUUUUUAGGUCACUUGAGACUUCACCUUUUCUAAUCGCCUUUUGUCCGUCGUCCGUCGUGCAUCCGUAAACUUUUUACAUUUUCGACUUCUUCUCCAAAACCACU